CAGUGAACACUUCCACACCACAAAAACUCACGUGGGCUUCCCCCGGGGGCGUGCAAGGAGCGAGGGUGGGUGGAUCUGCUUCCUGCUGGGGCGGAGCGGAGCGGGAGCCCAUGGCGGGCACCGGGGAGCUGGAGCGGUGGCUCAACAAGGCCACUGACCCGAGUAUCCCUGAGGAAAACUGGGAAUGCAUCCAGCGGUUCUGUGACCAGGUGAACGCCAACACAGAGGGCCCAUUGCUUGCGCUGAGGCUGCUGGCACAUAAAAUCCAGUCCCCUCAGGAGAGGGAAGCUCUCCAUGCACUCACAGUGCUGGAGACCUGUGUGAACAACUGUGGUGACAGAUUUCACGGUGAAAUAGCAAAAUUCAGGUUUCUGAAUGAGCUGAUUAAAGUGCUUUCCCCAAAGUACUAUGGAACUUGGUCUUCAGAAAAAGUCAAGUUGAGGGUCACAGAAGUGAUAUUCAGUUGGACAGUCUGGUUUCCUCAGGAAGUCAAAAUCCGGGAUGCUUAUCAGAUGCUGAAGAAACAAGGGAUUGUUAAAGAAGAUCCUAAACUACCAGAAGACAAAAUUUUACCCCCCCCUUCUCCAAGACCUCAGAAUUCUAUUUUUGACACAGAUGAAGAGAAAUCCAAGCUCCUGGCCAGGCUUCUGAAGAGCAGCCACCCCGAGGACCUGCAGGCAGCCAACCACCUGAUCCAGAGUGUGGUUAGAGAGGAACAAGAAAGGUCAGCUCAGGUGUCCCGACGAGUGAAGGCCAUCAGCGAGGUUUCUGAGAAUGUCAAACAAAUGGAUGAGUUACUGGAGAACUACAGGAGACAAGAAUUAUCCCCAGCUGACCAGGAGACCCUACAGACUCUGUUCCAGCGCUGUGAGAAGCUCAGGCCGCUGCUGUUCCGCCUGGCCAGCGAGGCGGUGGCUGACGAUGAGGUUCUGGCUGAGAUCCUGCAGGCCAGUGACGAGCUCACGCGGGCGCUCGGGCAGUACAGGCAGGCUGUGUCCCUCGGGCAGUGCGGGCAGGUCGUGUCCCGCCAGGAGAACGGCGAUGGAGAGGGUUCAUCCUCCAGCUCUGCCCACGUGCCAGUGUGCCGACCAGCCCCGCAGCGUAUGAAGAGCUACACCCUGAUGGACUUCUCCGAGCUGGAGGCCACAGCCCAGCCUCCCUCAGAGCCCUUUGCAGACACACCCUCGGCCUCCCGCCAUGGCAGCACAACCUCCACGUGCCUGCUCGAGGAGGAGUUACAGGCCUUAGGUCUCAGCAGUGACGGCCAGCACUCCCUAAUGGCUCCUUUCCUCACGAUCUGCCAUCUCCUUCUUCUUUUUUGUGCCUGGCACGAGGAGUGUGAACUUCUCACAGUUUUCCCCUGUAGCUGACCCCACUUUACAGGACCCUGCUGGAGAGCUCUGUCAUACACACCUUUUCUGCCACUUUCUGGGCCCAUUUGCCCUCUUCCCCCCUACUUUUUGAAUUAAAAAAAAAAGUAAAUCCACA